GACACCACUGGAGACGCGACAUGGUAGUCACAAUGAUCGUCCACCUAGUGUGCGCCGUACUCACCACAGCCCUCUGUAAAGGAUAUCCCACCGACCCGGGCCGGCUGAGGGUGCUCAGUAUCUCAACUGAACAGGAGGAGGGAUCAUUCAAGUACUCCGUCCAAUACAGGAACUCCAUCCAAGCAAACGUUCUCUGGGAGGUCGCGCAUAAUGCAGGCUUGAUUGGAAGUGUAUUAGACGCUGAUGUCUACGAUAUAACAGAACAGUUCAGUGGUGGAGUGGGAUGGUCGGUGCUAACGUCCAAUAUUGAGAUUCCAAGAGCGAGCGCGGAUCUGUACACCAACGAUGCAAUGACGAGCUUCAUGGUUCUAUUCGAGGGGGUGACAGGAAACCAAACAGUACAAGGAAAUGAGAUUCGAUUUCCCUUGGGUCAAGAUUUUUCUUACACUCCCGGCGAGCCUCUGGACAUCGUAGCACAGUUCGCCUAUGGGGACGAUUAUAACAUUAAUGUAGAACGGGAUAUAAACUGGGUCUUCUUAGGUAUUGAUAACAACCGUAUGACGCCAGUGCUAGAAAUGGCAUCCAAUUACAACCCUAUUGGUCGUCAUUUUGUUCCAUUUGUCAAUACAACUCAAGGAAAGGGCUUCACCGAAGUCUCCGCUACAGUGAAUCUGACGUCGCAGGAAGGUAUAGUCUUUAUUCAUGAAGUUGUUUAUUUUGAUACCAGACCCGAUUACUUCAAUAUCUUCAUCACUGAUGGAUUCUACAUCCACCAAGAGGGUCACCCAGACAUAUUCCCAUCGGAUUUCAUUGGUUUCUUUACCAUUGAUGAAAUCUCUGGAUCAGAAUAUCACACAAGGUGCCGUGAGAACGCUAGCUGUUCCUUCGAAUGUAAUGCUGUUGGGCGGGAAAUUGAGUCAGUUGUCAUGCGCAACACCGGAAAUGGACGUGUCGUGGCUCCAGUCGAGGAAGUAAGCCAAGGUAUGGUACACUGGACAUCGUACAGACUUGACAACUUCACUCGGGCGGACCAGGGUAAUUACACAUGUACUGCCACUAAUAGGAAUGGCGUGACAAAGGAACGGAUGAUCUAUAUCAGUAUCGAGUUGCCACCAAUGGGAAUGUUCUGACAAAGGAAUCGAUUGUCGAUUGAGACAUACGAGAUUCGAAAUGCAUGAAAAUCUGAAGACGCUAAACAUACAAAAUGUCAUUCAGUUGGCGAAUUUGCAGAAGGUGGUGGAUAAGGUGGGCACGGAGAAGGUGGUGGAUAGUCCCUCAUACAUGACGGACGACAAUCCCCGAUAACUCUUAAGCAAGUCUACAAAAGUUUGACAAAUCUAGAUCUCUUCAGUUUCUUAAAGUAAAGGUAUUCCCUGGACUAUUUCUGUGAUAUUUUAAGAUACUAGGUAACUAAAUCGAUUUCCAAAACAAAAUUUAAUUUAAUUCCAGAUGUGUUCUACGUUACCAUACAUUUGGUUGUUUGAUAUUGGCUGAUCAAUAAUUUGACAGGUUUAUCAUUUUAGCAAAUAAAGUAUAUAU